UCUGUUUCGGCUUCGUUGCUUCGCAAGUGUAGAGAUUGCAAACGUGGCUUCUUCGGCUCCUUCUCUUUUCGUCGUUGCUGUUUCGGUUUCGUUGCUUCGCAGGUGUAGAGAUUGCACGCGUGGCUUCUUCGGCUCCGUCGUGGCUGUUCGAUUUCGCUCCUUCAACGGCUUCCCUUCUUUUCGGAUCGGAAGUUACGACAUUUUAAUCGGAAGCAACACGGGAGCUCGCUGGCUGUGAAGGAUUUAAGUUAAAUUCUGCAUGUUACCAAACACAAUUAUUUCUCCGAAUCCUGUAAUAACCUAGUUCUCCAAGCAAAUCGGUUGGGAUGGACGCCGCAGCUGAGAAGGCAGUCGCAGCAAUGUCUGCGGCAGGGCAGCCGUUUUUUUCUCGGAGAAUUGAGUUCCACCCGGCGAGGAGGCCCUACAACGGCGUCCCUAUCUCCUCGGGUGACUUCCGACUCGAAAUUUUAAACCCUGGUAGCGCAGACGAACAAAGGGAGGCAUCGGGCAGCGGCACUGGGCCCGCGGCAGCGGAGACUGCCGCUCAUGGAAAGAGAUCGACAGGAGGAGAGUUUCAUGAGCAUGGAUUGGAUCCCGAACUCAGCUUUAGGAUCAACUUCCAGAGGAUCGGUGCUGGUUUGGAGAACCUGGGAAAUACUUGUUAUCUUAAUUCAGUCCUCCAAUGUCUCACAUAUACGGAACCUUUUGCAGCAUAUUUGCAGAGUGGGAAGCAUAAAUCUACCUGUCGUGCUGCUGGAUUUUGUGCCAUGUGCGCUCUACAGAAUCAUGUCAUGGAUGCCUUACAGUCAACUGGAAAAAUAUUGAGGCCCUUUCAUCUUGUCAGGAACUUGCGAUGCAUAUCUCGGAGUUUUCGCAAUUCCAGACAAGAAGAUGCGCAUGAGUAUAUGGUUAACUUGCUUGAAUCGAUGCAUAAGUGCUGUUUACCUUCUGGUGUCCAAAGUGAGUCACCUAGUGCUUAUGAAAAGAGUCUAGUCCACAAGAUAUUUGGCGGUCAGCUCAGGAGUCAGGUCAAAUGCAUGCAAUGCUCUUAUUGUUCCAAUAAAUUUGAUCCCUUCUUGGAUCUGAGUCUGGAAAUAGUAAGGGUUGAUUCAUUGAGGAAAGCUUUUGCACAUUUCACUGCUACAGAACAACUAGAUGGUGGUGAGAGACAAUAUCAAUGCCAGCGCUGCAAAGAAAAAGUCCAGGCUUUAAAGCAACUAACCAUUCACAAAGCUCCUUAUGUGCUUGCCAUUCAUCUCAAACGUUUUGGUUCAAGUAUCCAUGGACAAAAGAUUAACAAGAAGGUUGAGUUUGAGCCUACCUUGGACGUGAAGCCUUUUGUCAGUGGCGUGCAUGAUGGAGAAUUGAAAUAUACCCUUUAUGGAGUCCUGGUUCAUGCUGGUUGGAGUACUCACUCUGGCCACUAUUUCUGCUACGUGCGGACCUCUGCUGGCUUGUGGUACUCUCUUGAUGAUAACCAUGUAUCGCAAGUCAGUGAGAAGACCGUUCUUUCACGAGAAGCAUAUAUGCUAUUUUAUGUCAGGAAUAGAACACCCAAUAUUAAACGAUCUGUUGAGGAUAAGCUCAACGCUAAUAUUUCAGCAAAUUCUACUGGCAAUAAAGAAGCUCCACUGGGGGAGAGAAAAUUAGAUACUAAAGUUUACAGCUCAAUCACAGCUAGAAAUGAUGCUAUUGUUCAUGAUCCGCUUGCUUCUGUGAAUGAUAGUUCAAGGCAGCAUCUAUUUAAGAAUCAAGAGCCUCUUGUUCAAAAAAAUUGCCAUACUACAACUGAAGGUUCUUGCUUGCAAACUAAUGAUGAUGUUUCAUCAAAUGGGUUUCACAAAACGGUGCUGCCAAUGAAUAGGACAGAGUUACCUGUUUCAGUAAAGUCACAGCUUCCUUCUUUUGAUACCAAGAGAGGAAAUGUCAAUAAGAAUCCUCUGGACAAUGCUACCCAACAAAAGAUGGAGACUAGCAGCGCACCAAGCGAUAAUGAUGAUAAAAGACCUUUGAGCCCGUCAAAUGUUAUGAAUGGUCCUACGAAGGAAGCGACUAGGGCAGCGUUCAUGGACCAUCUGGUUAAUGACCCUGAUAUCAAGAGGUGUUCGAUCAGUUUAAAGGGCCAAAAUGGUAGAGAGAGAAUUUUAAAAUUUCUGGAUGCUAAGCCAGCCGAAUCACUCAAGUUAAACACAGCAAAUAGUUCUGCUCAGGGUGAAACUUCAACAGUUAAAGAGAUGGAUGGCUUGCUAGAUGGUAGUCACCAGGUGAUGUCAAAGAAGCAAAAAAUACCUUUCAUAGCAGAAUACUCAUAUUUUGGGCGCAAGCAGUUAUUCUUCAUGUCUCUUAGAUUGCGUAAAACGAAGAAAAAGAAAACCAAAAAGCAGCAUCAAAAUUUCAGGAAUAAGAUAAAGAGAAGACUAGUAAAUACGUGCACUGAUUCUCAGGGUGCCUCCACAUCUGAAACUUUUAGAACUGUUUCUGUGGAUUCCAUAGGUUGCUUUGAAAAGGACUUGCCUUCCACUUUAAAGAAGAAAUUCAAGAGGGAGGAAUUCGUCAAGUCUGGUAAUGAUAGUAUAACUUGUGAAAAUCCUGGGAAUUCAAAGCAAUCUAGCAGGUCCUCAGGGUGCAUAGAGGGAAAACAAAAUGUGAAGAUUAAAAAUGAUGAAGAUGAAAACAUUCUCCAAAACUGCUCAGUGAGCUUACUGAAGGCAAGCUUGAGGGAAGCCCCAGUUGCAGGAUGGGAUGCUGACGACUUGCUGACACCUCAAAUAAAAGUACAGGAAGAUCGUCCAAAGAGACAUAUUGGUUAUUUGUUGGAUGAAUGGGAUGAGGAAUACGAUAAGGGUAAGAGAAAGAAGCUAAAAUCAAGGCAAUGGUUUGAUGGGCCAAACCCAUUCCAGAAGACAGCCGAUUUGAAAACACAGCAGAGGAUGAUGAAGGUUGUCCAGACCAGCUUUGGAAAAGAGCCACUGAGAAUAUGAUGGAGAUAAAAUGAAUUAUUGUUUGUGAUCAUUGUUCAAUUUUGAAAUAUAUCUUUAUUUUUAUUUGCAAUUUUAUUUUUGUUAGGGGUGGCAGUCCUCAUUUUGUUUUGAUUGUAGAAUCACUAAAUUUAUUGAUGGAAAGGACUUGCUUAUUUUGGAGAUUUUGCAACCAAGUUAAGUUGCAGAGUUGCGGUUUGUGCCAUGUAAAUUUGUAUUCAUUAUAGUUUUGUUUUGAGUAAUUGACUUGCAUAUGGAAUGUUGCAAUA